AAAAAAAGUCAAAGAAGCUGAAACACACACUGUGCAACAACUCCCCCUAGGAUUUGAUUCUCGUUGACGACCUUUAGCAUCUAUCAUCGUUUUGAAAAGAAGAAGAAGAAGUGACCUUUUGCUACUCCAACUUGUUCACUUCGUUUUAUUGUCGUAUUAAGUAGCAAGAGCAACUAAACCAUCUCUAAUAUCAUCUUGCAUCACAAAACCUCCAAAGCCAAACUUUAACUUUCGUCCUGACACAAGUUUAUUUCUAUACUACCUGUCGUACAACUACCCAAGAUCAUGAAGAUGAUGCUCUCGUCCCGUACCGGUUCCUCUCUCCGUUGUUCCUAUCAGGCUCGGGUGCGCCGGGCGUUGAUGGCGAUGGCUCUCGCGGCAGGGUUUUCUUUGUCCCUCCUCGUUGGACCACCUGUUGCGCACGCACUCCAGCUUCAGGCACUAUCCCUUUCUGGCAACAGAGGGGCAGCGGGGCGGCCGGAAAGGCACGCCAGCUUCAGGGCAGCACGGCGGCGGUCGCGGGAGAGGCGCUUGCUGGAAACAGAGGCGGCUGAAGGAGGAUCUGUAGCUGCAGCACCUGGACCUUCUAGCGGCGGCGGUAGUGUUGGAGGAUGGAACCCUUUAGCAGGAUUAGGCUGCUGCUCUAGAAGAGGAAGGACCCCUUUUAUCGUGUGCAAAAACGUCCGCACCCCAAAGUCAUCAAGACGGGAACUCCUUUACGAGACAAGCAAGGCCCGCAUUCUUGGGGCUCAACACGCAUGACAAGUGUAUUGUAUUAGCUGUAGUCGUGCCUAGCUUGUCAAUGCGCAUCACGAAUCCACUACAUUCUCCUGACGACCGCAUGACAGAUUUUUCCCAAACUCUUGCUAGAAAGUGCCUCUUGACGGCGCGCAGUAGGGUUCUUGCAUGAGGAACGAACAUCAUGAGGCUGAGCAUGCGACUUUUCAUGACAACUCUGGGGUGGGGACGUUUUCAACCAGGAUGUUUGCACGUGCGACGGGGGCGCCUGUCCAGCUGGGUGAUGUUGAACAAGCUACCGGAGCCGGAAAUGCAAGUUCCCCGAGUAAUGAAUGUUGCAUUUGUCAGGAGCCGCAGAGCGAGAGAGACAGCCCAUUGGUACGAUUGUGCAGAGCUGGCGCUGACGAGGAGGGCGACCAGCGGGCACACCUUGCACACCAGGGGUGUGCAAGCACGUGGAUUCGUACGGGAAGAUCGAUGUCCACGACAUGCCCCGAGUGCCGGCAGCCGAUGCUUCGGGAGGUGCUUCAGGCUGCAGCUGAAGCAGCAGCGGAACCCCACCGCACCCCCACCGUAGCGGAACGCCUGGGACUUGCCGCGUCUAAUUGUAUCGACGGCGCAGUCUGUUGUCUUGUCCUAACCUGUUGUGUUAGCGGUCGCGCCGAAGAAUGUUGUCUUGCCGGACGCGCCGCCUGCGUGGACAGAGCCAAUGGGUGUUACAGUGCAGCCACUGAGUAUUGUUGCCCUUGUUGCCUGCGCCGACAGAGGCAGGUCGUUAUCAAAUUAGAAAAGUCCUCAAGCCUUUUUUACUUAUAGGGCAAAGUAAAAAUAUAUUUAAUUGUAUCGAAAACAAGCACACUUCGACCCUGGCGUCCCGGACUUUUUCAACGUGCCGAUGACUUUUGAUCUGAAGGAAGGGGUGGACUUUACAAUGAACGUAGACCAAAAUAAUUUGAAGCCUGGCAUGCUUAUUGGGGAAGGUGCAUAUGAGGUGAGCAAUAAAAAUUUGGAUGCUGUCAAACAAGCUCUCUGUGCUCGUGUCGCGCCUACUCUACAUUCAGGAAUCAAAAACGCUUCACGUUUGAGUUAUUUGUAUCCCUCUGCUAAGAUGCAUAAAGCCCCCAUUAUUGCAUUCCGGCCUAUUUGCUCAGCGACGAGCAAAACGCCGAUUAGCGUCCUCAGUGACAAUCUCAAACACAUUUUAGACUACGUUUUGUUGCAAGUCCCACAGGGAUUCCGCGUGCGGGACAGUCUAGGGGCUAGAAAGAAAAUCACCCAAGGAAAAUACAGAUCAUUUUUCAAAGGUGAUUUUAGUAGUAUGUACACUAUGUUAAAGCACUCCACUUUGAUACGGAUUCUAAAUGAACAAAUGCAUGCUGCUCUGCAACAACACAAGCAUGACUUUUUCCUUUUUUAUGCUUCUGGCAUGCGGAUAGCAAAAGCCUUACCGUCUAAGCGCGAUGGCAUUCUGGCUAUUCUUCGCUACAGCGACUUAUUCCAAGUAAUGAAAACAUGCAUCUGUUGUAAUUUUGUAAACGUGGCUGGCAUUACUUUAUUACAAAGAAUAGGCAUACCAAUGGGAUUGAGUAGCGCAAGCUCAAUCAUUGAUUGUGUACUUUGCGCGUUAGAAUCUCGUUUUUUAAGUGGUCUAUCGUCGACGGAACGACAGCGGUACGCUGGUACCUGUCGUUUCGUCGACGAUAUCAUUAGUGAAAACACCAGUUUCGUGACGGCAUGGAGGAAGAUCUACGAGGAUACGGGUCUUAUCCUCGAAACGGAAUCGCUCGGCAGUUCGGCGGUCUUUUUAGACCUCGAGCUGACGAUAGUGAAAGGGACAGUGUACUAUAAGACUUUUUCCAAAAAUAGCUUAUUUAAGUUUGCUGUUAAUAGGUACGUUACUGGAAGAUCUUGUAUAGCUAAAAGUGCUAUUUUUUCAAGUUUUUGUGGCAGUUUUCUCCGAUUUUAUUCCAACAAUAAUUUAUUUUUCUUUUUCCUUAGGGAAGUAGCAGAGCUUAUUCUUAGAAUGAAGAACUUAGUUAAUUUUAACAUGUUCCGGAAAACAAUAGAUAUUUUACUGUCCCGCCACAGCGAAAACAAGUGGCUAGAUUCCGUCUCCCUCCGCCGCGUCCUCCUUUCUUUCUGUAUGCAAGUAUUGGAUUACAAAUUCCAGUAUUUGGUUUCAGAAUAACUAUCUCCGGUUACAUCCCUUACAUCCAUUCCUCGAACCCCUGCUGUUUGUAUUGCCCUUUCGUUUUCUAUGCUAUGUAUGUCUCACUUGUAGGGCUUUUGCAUGCCAGCAUAUGGGGGUCCACAUUCAAAAAGACUUUGUUGUCUUUUCGAAUUUGGACACUUGGAAUGUUUGUAUUGCAUACGCUUUUUUAACUGGGUGAGGUCCUACAAAGUCUACAAUUUUAUGUCAUCAUCCAAUGGCUUUUUUGAAUAUAAACUUCUGAUGGCCUGCUCUGUUUCUUCGUUUGCUGUUCGUUGCUCGUUUGCUCCUUCUGCCAUGCAACCUUCUCUUCUGAUUUCAAAAGCAAAUCUUCGGUACAUUAUCGGUUUACAAAUCUGUAAUGCUCGUAUUUCUCCUUUUUUAUCUUCCCACGUUUCGGUUCUUUCUUUCAUGCCCGGCUUCCAUGAGAGUGUUUUUCGAUUAUGAUGUUUUUAUAUUCGUAUAGAUGGGUCGUUCCUCAAGAUCAGCCUCUCGUUUCUCUGUCUCGGUUGUUUAUUUCUACGCAUUACAAAUUGGAUCUACACUUACACAUCGAUCUCGCCUGGUCCGUUCUCGACGCUCUGCUAGUUCUACAGUAUGUUCUAUUUGUACUAUUUGGUUCGCUCGUUACAUGCCAUGUGUAUUAUUUAUCGCUCUCGAUGUUUUGUCUCGAUCUGGUCGCUUUUGUUCUCGAUUCGUAAUUUGUAUGUCGUUUUCGAUUUUCGACUAUCGUGCCCCGAGUGAGCUUUCCCUUGCUUUUUCCUACCUAUUCCAUUUUUCCCUUCCUCUAAGCACGUUGUUUUCGUGGUUUUAUGGUCGGUGAACCGGUACCCCUGUCCGCCAUAAAUUUCUAUGACACGUCAACAAGCGAGCACUCCCUCACACUUUCUUUUCCUACUGCUUCAUAGGGCAGAUAGAUUGUGUUUGGUGAGACGGCAGGGGCUGAAGUGCUUCCCUCUCUAUCGGUCCCGAGUGAGUUCGGUGCGUGUUUUUGUGUUGCGAGUGAACCUGAGCUGUCCAAAUCUCUGUUUCUGUUCUCAUGCAAAAAGGCCUUUGCAUGUUUCAAAAUCAUCAAUUUAAUUGUAGACCUCCAAAACGCAAGGCAAGCAGCACCGCCAAAGCGGAAAGACGUCCCCGGUACGUUUGGGAGUGACCCACUGUUGCGUAUUUUUCAGUGAUGACACUGUCUUGCAUUGGUGUACUAGAUGAGCUGCAGGCUCAUUUAUUUGGCCAGCUAGAUAACGGCGCCCGUGCUUGAAGUAAUAUCAAUAUGAAAUGACUUAAAAGCCAAAGAGCUUCAGAAGCUUUGCCGAGGCGGACUGGCUUGGGGGUCGCCGCGUGGUUUGGCCAAGGAGGACCGUCUUCACAGGCGGGCCACCUUAGUACCUGUGGGUGGAGGGCAGGUAGCUCACCAGGAAACAGUCGCGCGAAUUCGCCCGAAUUCGCGCGCCUGCUUCCUGGUGAACUACCUCCUCUGCUCCCAAUUAGAUGGCGCGGAAGCCUUGGCGCAGCUGCUCCUCGCCGCCCACCGCAGCGGGAGAUCUGAGCAAGCCCUGCUCGAUUGUUUUGGCAAUCGGGUCGAUCCGCUGCCGCCAUCUCCUGCAAGAUGUUGAGUCUGCUUCUCAUAAACAGACGCCAACUCCUCAACUUUUUUAUUUUUUUUCUUUGCCCUAGGACUAGAAGUGAAAACAGCCUUGAGGUGGGUUUUUCUCCUAUGAUAGUCGUCGCGGAUAAUCGCCAACGGGUGGAAGAUGUUACGCCGCCGCAGCAGGAGCAGAUGCAGUAA